GGAGGCGGAGACGUCGCAGGCACUUUCUGUGUGGAAGGAGCAGAGCGAGCAAGCGAGCGAGCCUUGGUGAGCGUUCUCUGCAGAGGGACUCGACGCAGUUGUUCACAGCAUCCUCCUCCCCCUCCUCCUCCCUUGUGGCUUUCCUGCCUUUGUGCCUGAGAUACAGCGCCAUGAAAGCCAUCAGCCCGGUGCGCUCGGUGCGGAGCUGCUACGAAGCGGUGUGCUGCCUCUCGGAGCAGAGCCUGGCCAUCGCCCGCGGGGGCAGCAGCGGAGGCGGCGGCGACGGAGGCAGCAGCAAGAUCCCGUCGCCCUUGGAGGAGCCCAUGAGCCUCCUCUACGACAUGAACGACUGCUACUCGAAGCUGCGGGAGCUGGUGCCGGGGAUCCCGCAGGGCAGCAAGGUCAGCCAAGUGGAGAUCCUGCAGCACGUCAUCGACUACAUCUUCGACCUCCAGAUCGUCCUCGAGGAGCAGGCCAAGAAGAAGAAGAGCAGCAGCAAGAACAAGGGCCAGAAGGACAGCAGCAGCAGCAAUGGGCAAGAGGCGGCAGAGGCUGCCCUCCUCUCUUUACAAGCAGCAGAACUGGCAUCAGAACUCUGCUCUAAGGACGAGAGGACUCACUGCCACUAACCUCUUUUAACAGGCUGCAGGUGUGGGAUCCUGACACUUGGUUCUCUCCAGAGAGAGAGAAUGAAAGAAGAUAGAGGGAAAGAGAGAAGGG